UUUCCUCCGUCAGAAAGCAAAGAAGCAAACUGCGAAGAUUAUUCUGUUGCGCUCCAAAUAGGGGACGGAGUCCCAGCUGUAUUUUAUAUUCAGUCUAUACGCCUAUAUAUAUAUAUAUAUAUAUAUAGUCCAUUGAUAUUUUAGGAAUGGUGUCAGGUCCUGUAUUGGAGGCUGAGAUGAAAUAGCCUAGACAUAACGAGGACUUCAACACGCCCAAAGCAAUCGAUCACUGCGCAUCGCCACUCACGGGAGAAGACUCACAACGGGUACCAGAAAACGGUCUCACCACCCCGAGACGGUUGAUUGAGAGCGUGAGAGGCACACACAGAAGAGAAGAGGAGAAGAAAAAGAGAGACUACAGAAGAAAAUCGGACCGGAGCAACCACCAAGAAGGAUUUAAGACAUUUUGAAUAACCCCCAAGAAGUUGUUCUAUACAUUUUAUAACGUUCCUCUAUAUUUUUUUCCUCCUCGUUUGAAUUGAGAACCAUUUACUAAGGAGUGACAGUGACGUUUCCUGUUGUAUUCAUUCUCCUCUUUGUGGUUUACAGUAACAGUUUACUGUAAUUUUGGACCCCUAUGUCGGUUUGGACGAAAGCACACCUGUGACUUUUCUCUUAUUCUUGAUUUGGAGCAACUGAGUGUGAGAGGUGUGAAAGCCAGUGGGAGGGAAGGGGAAUUUUGGCUAUUUGUUUCUCUUUCUCUUUCGUCUUCUCGCCUAUCGUUCCAUUUGUGGGUUUAAGAAGAAGAGAACAAGGGUUUCCAACUGGGUAUCAGUGACAUUCCGUUCUGGUUUCACCCGAGGACAAGUACUCCCGUGUGUGAGUGUGAAUUGGAGUGUGUUUGUGUUAGUGUGUAUGAGGCAAGCUUCCUCACGGUGAUAUAAGACUAUAUUAAGAGCGGAAAAGGAAAGGAGCUGCUGUGUGUCACUUUCUGGGAAAAUGGGAUCGGAAAAGGACUCGGAAUCCCCCCACUCCUCGGUGAGCGGCAUUCCCAACCCCAAAUGCCGGGCACCGGGAAAACGCCAAGGACGCAUCUCCUUCCACAGCCUCUUCCACAGCAAACGGGGUUCCCGGAGCGCCAAAGCAGGAGCAGCCACCCCUUUAUCCCAGCUCCACAACCAACAGCAUCAACAACAGCAACUCGCCCCCCUUGUUCCCCCCGUAGUCUCUUCCACCCCCACCUCCACACCCGACCCAGCCCCUACCAACACCGCCACGGACGUUCCCCAGUGCCCAGCCACCGCUCAGACCUCCACCCCAGCAGAGCCCCUCUCUUCCAGCCGGACCUCCCUGGGUCCCCCCCAGUCCUCCAGCUCCACCACCUCCAGCGCCUCUCCUCCAGCAGACUUCCUGGAGUGCCCCCUGUGCCUGGUGCCCCAGCCCCCCGAACAGCUCCCCGAGUUGCUGGGCUGCAGCCACCGCUCCUGCCUGUGCUGCCUGCGCCAGUACCUGCGCAUCGAGAUCACCGAGAGCCGCGUCCACCUCAGCUGCCCCGAGUGCUCGGAGCGCCUGGCGCCUCAUCAGGUGGCGGACAUCUUGGGCGACGCAGCCCUGCUGGAGAAGUAUGAGGAGUUCCUUCUGCGACGCUGCCUGGCCUCCGACCCGGACUGCCGCUGGUGUCCCGCGCCCGACUGCGGGUUUGCAGUGAUCGCUUCGGGCUGUGCCAGCUGCCCCAGGCUGGUGUGUCGUAGAGAGGGCUGCUUGGCUGAGUUUUGUUACCACUGCAAGCAGGCGUGGCACCCCAACCAGACCUGUGACUCGGCCCGCCAGCAAAGGGCAUUCUUCCUGCACACGCAUAGCAACCACUCACCCAGCUACAUGCAGGAGCACGGGCCUGCUGAUGACAUCAAGCCCUGCCCACGAUGUGGCGCCUACAUAAUCAAGAUGAACGACGGCAGCUGUAACCACAUGACCUGUGCAGUGUGUGGUUGUGAGUUCUGCUGGCUCUGCAUGAAGGAGAUCUCUGACCUGCACUACCUCAGUCCAUCAGGGUGUACGUUCUGGGGAAAGAAGCCAUGGACUCGUAAGAAGAAGAUCCUGUGGCAGCUGGGCACACUGAUCGGAGCCCCGGUCGGCAUCACCCUCAUCGCUGGUAUCGCUGUGCCUGCCAUGGUCAUUGGCCUCCCCGUCUAUGUGGGGCGCAAGAUUCACGCCCAUUAUGACGGGAUGAAGACCAAUCGCCACAGGAGGAACCUGGCCAUCACAGGGGGAGUGGCCCUGUCAAUCAUCACAGCUCCUGUGAUUGCAGCCGUCAGCGUGGGUAUUGGUGUGCCCAUCAUGUUGGCGUAUGUCUAUGGAGUUGUGCCCAUAUCUCUGUGCCGUGGAGGAGGCUGUGGCGUAAGCCGAGGAAAGGGGCGUGGCAUGCGGAUCGACUUUGACGAGGACGAUGGUCCAAUCACAGUGGCUGAUGCGUGGCGGGCCCUCAAGUCCCCCAGCCUGGGUGAGAGCAGCCUGGAGGGGGCAGCCAGCGGCCUCAGCACAACCUCCCCCAGUGAUGGUCUCUCUGUGGCCCCCGGGGUCCUGGGGGACACCCCCCACUUUAACACUUUGGCCGGGGGCGCCCUUGGAGCCAGGACUGGCAAAUACAACAGGUUGGAGCUCCAGGGAGGGGAGCUGGGGAAGGACGGUGCCCACAGAGAGACAGGUAGUCUGGGAGCGGGUAGUGACUGUGCCAGCACCCGGGGCAUGGCAGGCUCCAUUAUCUCCUCCUACACACUACCUGACAGGGACUGUACUAACCUGGAGAUCCAGGUGGACAUCGAGACUAAACCCAGCCACCUCUGCUUGACCAGUGAGGAAGACCUAAACACGCCCCCUGCUGCUAUGGGAGCAUGCCCCGGCUCAGGGGGGGAGGAGCCUCAGGACUGCAGCUCCAGAAGGGGCGGGGCUCUGUUUGGCUCAGCACUAGGCCUGUCGCCAGGGGCGUCGCUCAGGGAGGGGCUUCGUGAUGUCACUUUGGCCCAGCCCGAGAGCAUCCGCAGCGACCUGGAGAUGUCCGAUACCCAAUCAGACGAUAUCGCCGAGCUGACGUCAGACGACUGUGAUUCGCCUCAUCUCAAAAGCUGCCGGCCCUCUCAACCCCAGGCCACCUGCAGACCCCUUGUCACCUCCGACAGCCUGCACUGUCCCCCGGAGAACGUCAUCCUCUAUGUUUAAGAGUCCGACUGACUUUGAGAGCUCUCAAAGAUUGCACAAAUCCAAAAUGUUUUUGUUUUAGCUUUUCUCCAUUGAUUGAUUGAGCGUUUCAGUAAUUUUUUUGCUGCUUUUUUUGUUUACAAAACAUCUGACCUGCAGACAACACAUAUCUACAUGUGUCUGUCUUUCUAUCAACAUGUCGAUCUCCUUGCAGAGAAUUGGCAGGGUUCUACCUCUCUGAGAUUUAAUACAACAAUUUUUGUUUACUUCUUGGUGCAAAAAUGCCUUGGCUACUUAAGCAAACUUUUUUUUUUUAACAAGACAUACAAAUUUGCCACAAGAAACACUGCAAAGAAAUAGGAAACAAGGUGAAAUGUCACCAAGCACACCAAUGAGUGAAGGGUUGUGGGGAAUAGGGUUUGUACUAUGGAAAGGGGAUGUUUUUAGGGAUGUGAGUGUGGCAUUUGUACUGGACUUUAUUGGCUUAAUUUCCUAUUUUUUUUUCUAUUUAUAAUUUAAUGAUCUUGAAUGAUCUUGAAAUUGAAUUAUUUGCUGUGUCCAUGAGUCUGCAUGAACUGCGUUUUGUAUGGGUGUAUAGGCCUACAAGCAUAAUACGUACCUAAUACACUGGUGGAGUUUACAGUAGUUUGUACAGAGACAUGACUUUUAGAUGCGAUCUGCACUUGAAUCUCACCUGCACAGAGAAGAAGAAAUUAGGGGUUAAUGAGAUCCGAUGCCGCGGAAAAUGGACAAGUACUUAACCAGCAGACAGUUCCACUUGAAUGACUGACUGCCUGCCUUAGACAGUGAUGAUGCACUCACUGACGAACACUGGCUUUCUGACAUGCUAGCUGUCUGACCCACUCGAAUGGUGUGUGUGUGUGUGUGUGUGUGAAUGAGAGAUUGAAAGUGUGUGCUACUCAAUCACAAAGACUAUAAAGACAAAGACACAAUAUACAUUUUCAGUAGAAAAUUAUAGUAGAAUGGAAGGACAUCUUGUGAUUGUAUUUGUUGGUCCCACUAUCGAGUGAAUUUAUGAAUGAGCACUUGUGCACUUUAUUUAAAUAUUCAUAUUUUUUGCUA